AUGUUCCUCGGACAGUUCGAGAAUACCAACAGCGAUACCCACGUGAACGGCUGGUGUGCCACCGUCACGAUCGCAAAGUCCAACCAAGCCGCUAGACUCGGAAGCUAUCUGCCAGCUCGCCGCACAGCACUGGGCGCGCUCAGAUAUUGCCCGCCUCGCAGAUGUUUCUCAUUUCGCUGCCGUCAGACAGGAGCACAAAUGAGCAAUCACCUCGGACGUGCCUUCGACCUUGGAGGAGGGCGCUAA